AUGGAAGGCACUCACUCUACCCUCCAAUUGUGUAAGCCCAUUACUGAACUCUGCCACAUCAGCUUCUAUCUUCCAAGGGGGGAAGUCAGAGGAUUUUCGUACAAGGGCACCGUAACUCUAGACAGAUUCAAUAAAGGGUUUCAUAACUGCUACCAAGUCAGGGAGGGGUCAGACAUCACCAGCCUUAGCCUGCAGCCGAAUGAACAUCCAGGAGACAUAUUUUUCAAGCAGACUCCCACAAAAGACAUUCUCACUGAGCUAUACAAACUCACAGCGGAGAGGGAAAGACUGCUGGCCAAUCUUCUAAGCUCAGACCACAUCCUGGGGAUCACGAUGGGGAACCAGGAGGGGAAGCUGCUGGAGCUGUCGGUGAGCCUGGCCCCCGAGGACGAUGGUUUCCAGAGUGCUGGCGACUGGCAGGGGGAGCCCCUCGUGGGCUGUCUCAGUAAGAGGAGCACGCAUGGGAACAAAAAGCCCCGGAGGUUUGGUGGAAGCAGAGAGGGCGUGGAGGUGCCCCCACAGAAGGGGACAAGACGGAAAGGACGUGGGGGCCAGGAAUCGGCUCCGCAGACAGGGAGGGACCACGUCUGUUCUAGCAACUCUGUUCCUCUUUCCCGAGCAAGGCCUAAUCUUUUGCUUCUAGAGGAGAAAGGCAACUUGAUCCCAAGAAGGCCGCUUACCUCUUCACGGCGGAGGACAGAAAGCUGCCCCCCAGAGAUCCCCAGGACUCUGGACCCUGACCCUGGCUUCGGGAGCUUCGGGACGACUUCUGAGGAUGCUGAGCUUGGAAGAGGAGGGUUGCCACCUGCCUGCAGCUCCACAGAGCCAGCGGAUAGAGCUGCUGGGGGGCUACAGAGGGCACCUCGCAGGCUGGCACGUCAGCAAAUACGUUUCUCGGGAAGUCACGAGGACCCUGAGAAACACCCACAUGCAGAGAGGGCCCGGAGGGAGAAGUCUGCUCAGCAGGCUCACAAGAAGAAACCUGUUUCCAAAGUGGUGGCCAAAGUCCAGGAUCUGUCUGCUCAGGUGCAGAGAGUAGUUAAAGCGCAUCCUGAGGGUGAAGGAAGGAUUGCUUUUUGUCCAGCAGCCCAAGCUGAGUUCAUACCCAGUGCAGACUUGCUUAGCCUCCCAGGAGCCAAGGCUGGGGCUCACAUUUCCAAGCAGCGGAGCAAGGAGCAGCGAGGGGACAGAUCAUUGCAGUCACUGGCCAGGGAAUAUCCUCCAGCCAGCACUGAGGGGGCUGUGAACAAGGUCCUCCUGAAGGUGAUAGAGAGCGAAAAUUUAGUUGAAGCCACUCAGGGGAAGAGACUGGGCUUGCCCCUCAGCACUACGGCCACCCACACCCUCCCAGACACCAGAAGCAAGAAGGGAGCAGAGCUGUCUCUGAGUGGCCGCCACACCUUGUUUCGGGAUUUGCCCCACAGGGCCGGCCCUGACUCUUCACAGGGCGGAGGUGAUGAGAAGAGGCUGUCUCCUCCAGCACUGGCAGCUCUGGGCAUGGUAUUUAAUAAUUCAUCCUCUCAGUCUGGCAUAAACAAACGGAUGUCACCUGUUCCCUCACCUCUAUCUCCAAGGCUCCCCAGUCCUCAGCAGCAUCACAGGAUCCUUCGGCUGCCUGGCGAGAGGGAAGCCACUCUUGAUGACUCUCCUGCUAGAAAGAGUGGUACCUUCUCUGGGUCCACCUCUGCUGACACCUUGGAGCCAUCAUCCUCUGCGAAGGUCACGGAGACCAAAGGAGCCAGCUCGGCCUUCCUCAGAGCAGACCAACCUCGGUUGGUGCCUGGGGAACCUUUGGAAAAGAGCUUGGGGUCCGGGAAGAUCACAGCUCAGCCUCAGCGCCAGUCACCUCCAGGCAUCUCCUCUGAGGGCUUUCCCCGGGACUGCUUCAAUGAGCAGUCAGCCACGAGAGACCUUUCCAUCAGGGAUGGCGGAGCGUGGGCAUUGGGCCAGAGAGCUGGGCCAGCCUGCUCCUUUCUGCUCCACGAGGAGAGAGAGAAGACAAACAGAAGUGAACUGCACUUGGAUCUCCAUCCUGACCAUAGCCCCACUGAGCAGGACGACAGGACUCCUGGCAGACUCCAGGCUGUCUGGCCACCCCCAAAGACAAAGGACACAGAAGAAAAAGUGGGAUUGAAGUACACUGAAGCAGAAUACCAAGCUGCUAUUUUACACUUGAAGAGAGAACACAAAGAAGAAAUUGAAAACCUACAGGCUCAGUUUGAACUUCAGGCCUUUCAUAUCCGGGGUGAGCAUGCAGUGACAACUGCGAGACUAGAAGAAACCAUUGAAAAUCUCAAACAUGAGAUAGAACACCGACGGCGAGGAGGCGGCGGAGAGAUGAAAGAUGUGUGUAUCUCCACCGAUGAUGACUGCCCUCCCAAGACCUACAGAACCGUGUGCAUCCAGACAGACAGAGAGACUUUCCUCAAACCCUGUGAAGGCGAAGGCAAGACAAUCAGAAGCAACCAAAUAAUACCCAAAAAGCUGAAUAUCUCCUCUUUAAGCCAACUUUCUCCCACAAAUGACAACAAAGACAUCCAUGCACCACUUCAGUCUGUGGAAAGCACCUCAGCAAGCCAGGAAAAUGCAUCCCCUCUCCCCCCAGCACCACCCCUACCAGCAGCCAUCCCUCCCCCUCCUCCCCUCCCACCUGGACUUGGACCUUUGCCACCAGCACCUCCACCACCACCUGUGAGUGCUGGGCCACCACCACCUCCGCCACCUCCUCUGCCUCCAAGUGCUGGGCCUCCCCCGCCUCCUCCCCCACCACCACUUCCUAACUCACUUGCUCUGCCCAACAGUGGGGGGCCCUCUCCUGCUCCAACCCCCCCGGGACUUGUGCCCCCACCUCCUCCUGGCCUCUUCUUCGGAGUCAGCCCUCCUUCUAGCCAAUGUCCUCGGAAGCCAGCCAUAGAGCCCAGCUGUCCCAUGAAGCCUCUGUACUGGACUAGAAUACAAAUAAGUGAUAAGAGCCAAAGUGGUACACCAACCUUGUGGGAUUCCUUAGAAGAGCCUAAUAUUCGGGAUACUAGUGAAUUUGAGUAUUUAUUCUCCAAAGACACAACUCAGCAGAAGAAAAAACCUCUUUCAGAGACCUAUGAGAAAAAAAACAAGGUCAAAAAGAUCAUCAAGUUACUGGAUGGAAAACGAUCUCAAACUGUGGGAAUCUUGAUAUCUAGUUUGCAUUUAGAAAUGAAGGAUAUCCAGCAGGCCAUUUUCAGUGUUGAUGACUCUGUGGUUGAUCUGGAGACCCUGGCGGCAUUAUAUGAAAACAGAGCCCAAGAGGAUGAAUUGGUUAAAAUAAGAAAGUAUUAUGAAACAUCCAAAGAAGAAGAACUGAAGCUGCUGGAUAAACCUGAGCAAUUUUUGCAUGAGUUAGCCCAGAUCCCUAAUUUUGCUGAACGUGCCCAGUGCAUCAUCUUCCGAUCUGUCUUUUCCGAGGGUAUCACCUCCUUGCACCGAAAGGUGGAGAUCAUUACACGAGCUUCUAAGGGCUUACUGCACAUGAAGAGUGUGAAGGAUAUUUUGGCUCUCAUUCUGGCUUUUGGAAAUUAUAUGAAUGGAGGAAAUAGGACUCGGGGACAAGCAGAUGGAUAUAGCUUAGAAAUUCUGCCCAAACUCAAGGACGUCAAAAGUCGGGAUAAUGGGAUUAAUCUGGUGGACUAUGUCGUGAAAUAUUACCUGCGUUACUAUGAUCAGGAAGCAGGAACAGAAAAGAGUGUCUUCCCCCUGCCUGAACCACAAGAUUUUUUUCUGGCUUCCCAAGUCAAGUUUGAAGACCUCAUAAAAGACUUGAGAAAACUGAAGAAGCAACUAGAAGCAAGUGAGAAACAGAUGGCGGUGGUGUGCAAGGAGUCACCAAGGGAGUAUCUCCAGCCUUUCAAAGACAAGCUGGAAGAGUUCUUCCAGAAAGCCAAAAAAGAGCAUAAAAUGGAAGAAAGUCACUUGGAGAAUGCACAGAAAAGCUUUGACACGACAGUGGGGUAUUUUGGGAUGAAGCCAAAGUCUGGUGAGAAGGAGAUCACUCCCAGCUACGUGUUUACUGUGUGGUACGAGUUCUGCAGUGACUUUAAGACGAUUUGGAAACGGGAGAGUAAAAACAUAUCUAAAGAAAGAUUGAAAAUGGCUCAGGAAUCAGUCAGCAAGUUGACGUCAGAGAAGAAAGUGGAAACAAAGAAAAUCAACCCCACGGCCAGUCUGAAAGAAAGACUGCGUCAGAAGGAAGCCAGCGUGACUACCAACUGAAAAAGAGACACGAAAACGGUGAUGGCAAGACCGGGUUCCUUGCUUACUCUGUCACACCAGCG